AUGCCAAUUUCCCAUUGAAAAAAUCCUAUAGCUGACCUGGAUCUCACGUUGGUGUUGUCGGAGGCAAUAGAGUCUGAGGUUGGGCAAAUUCCACUUACCGAAUUCCCGAACUUGACUGCAAUGAAGAUGUGGACAUACUUGCGUCUUGCUGCGAUUAAUUUCAAGGUGAUCUUGGACCCUAAUCAAGGUCCAAUGGUGCAAUCACGUAAUUUCAUUGCACACAGUCUUGAAGACCUAUUGAAUUUAUUACCAUGUAAAAUACAGGAGGACUCAAAUGCAAUUUUGGUACCUAUUCCUUUGAGAGAAGCAAUUGCUUCCCUCGAAGAUAUGGUGCACCAAACGAUUCAUGAACCAACGAUGGAAGUUGUGAUACAAAAUGAAUUUAAUAUUAUUGCUGAACAUUUGGGGGAGGAAAAGUUUUUGUUCCAUAUUGAGGAUGAGAGCUUGCCUACAGUCGAAGAUGCUAAGUUGAUUUCAUGUGCAUUAAUCAUAAGGAGGAUUUUGAGGACCAGCAAGUUACAUUGUAUGCUCUCCUAUAAUCCAUGGCUUCUUGUGUACGUGGAUCAUUUCAUCAACAUUUACAUGUUGAAACCAUUAGCGCAUCAUUCGUACGAAGCCAUGGUUAAUUAUAUGGAUGAUCAUGUUCACGAAACACUUGACAGCGGUGGAAGUGCUUUUGUUAAUGUUGUUAAUGUGGGUCCUGGGAAUGCGUUUGAUCUUAGUGAAGGGCUAUAUGUCUUUAAAAGAGCCAAACAAGAUUACUAUACUGAUCUUAGGGGGGAAGCUAUAGUCAUGAGCUAUUUGCGAUAUCCUUGUUUGCCUCGCUUGUUUUGCUUUGCUGAACAUAACGAAGAGUCUAUCGUCCUCGUGAUGGAGUAUGUUAAAGGAUAUACUCUUCAAAAUAUAAUGAAUGCAGGAUCGAAUCAAGAACACUCACAUAAAUCCGAUGAAGAAGAUGAAGAAAAAUGAUAAAGUAAAGGUAGAGAGAAAAAGUGAAACAGAAUUUAAUUAAGAUAUGACACACUUAAUCAAAUAUCUAGAACCUAAAACUCACACUUAAGAUAACCACUCUUAAGAUAUAGAAUUAGGAAUUUGGCUAAAAUAGCAUCACACUAUUUUAUAAAUACUCAAAGAGUAAAAGGAGUUUUUAAUAAUUCAGUGAUGAUCAUUACAAGGGCCAAAUGGCCGAAAUAUAUAAGGAGGGGAGAGGAGGGAAAACACACAAUAUAAUGAAUGCAAAUACAAGGAACCUUCCUACAUCCCUUUAUCAUUCACUAGCUUCCAAUCUUGAGUUGAUAAGGGCUGAUUUUGUUUGACUUUGUCUUGGCUUUGGAGCUGGCUUUGUCUGUCCUGUUGUGGAGGCAAAAAUCACAAAGAAUGAAUGAAAUCCUUUGAUGAUUGUGGUGGAUAUUCUGGCUAAAAAGAGGGGACAAACAAAGAUGGGUGAUGGAUGGUGUAUUGGCCUUAUAUUCUUGGUCAUAUGAGGUGACUGAUUUAGUAGGUGGUGUAUCAACAACAACUCAAAUGUCCCUUGGCUUUUUGUGGUUGUUUAUUCAGCCCUAGUAGGGAACAUAAAGGGGA